AUGGCCGCCGUCAACAGGAUCCAGCAGUCGCAGCUGGCCGAGGAGCAGCGCAACGCCACGCGCCUCUGGAGGCAGCUCGGGCGUGACGUCCGCGCCGCGCUCGACUACCACGGGACGGCGACCGCCGAGGCCGACGACGUCCAGGAGGCCAUGGACAGGGUGCUCGCCCUCGACGCGGCGUACCCGCUGCCGCUGUUCCCUGGCAUGCUGGACAAGUUCCCCAGCACCGUGGAGCCCACCCGGUGGUGGCCCAGGCGGAAGCCGCCGGCUCAGUCGGCCAAGACCAUCAACGUCGGCGCCCGGAGAUGCGCCACGGCCGGCAACGGCUGGACGAGGGAGCUGGAGGACGAGAUGCGCGGCGUGGCGCGGGUGCUCAGGGCCAAAGACGAGCAGGAGCAGGUGUCGAACGCCGAGCUGGCGCUGCGGCUCAACCGCGGCCUCGCCGUCGCCGGGCCAGCGCUCGCGGGCACGACCGCGCUGGCCACGGCCUUCAUCGGCUCCUCCUCCUGCUCCUGGGCCUCCGGCGCCGCCGCCCUGUGCGGCGCGCUGGCGGCGGCGGCCAACACGGUGGAUCACGGCUGGCAGGUGGGCAUGCUGAUGUUCGACAUGUUCCGCAACGUCGCCGGGUUCUACCGCAAGGUCCAGGAGGACAUCGAGGCGUGCCUCGCCGAGGCUGACGUCGAGCACAGGGAGAACGGCGAGGUGUUCCAGACCAAGGUGGCGCUGCUGCUCGGCCGGAGCACGGCCGACCUUAGGCAGUUCAGGGACAUGGCGUCGCCGUCGUUCAAGGACGAAGACAUCAACGACUUCGCCGGGAAACUGUUUUAG